AUGCUCGGGUAUGACUACGAGCUUCAUGAGCGAGACGAAGGUGAAGAUGAACAGGACAAUUUCAACACUUACGAUACUCACGGACCGGUUCUGAGUCGACCAUCAGUUGCGCAGAGCGCCUUACUAAUAUCACUGGUCUCUGCUUGGCCAGAGCUAGCACAAUAUGCCGCGACGAGAGGCGCUACCACUGCGACGGGUCUCGAGUUUGAAAUCGAUGCCACAAGCGACCAAUCACUCUUCAGCAGCAAGCAAAUUUCGUUGGACAUUGACUGGGACGAUGUUGAGCUCGAGCUCGAUGCCACCAAGAUCGGCGAUGAAAUUGUCCUGAUGCCAAUGGCCGACCUCAAGCCCGAUGGCAAAGAAUUCUACACCUGGAACGACUUCGACAUCGAGACUCUAAAGCAGCGUUUCAAGGAGGAGACAGGUAUCACAAUCGAUACCAAGGACAACAUCUUCGUCGUUGUCAACGAACUUGGUCAGGAGUUGAUGCGUUUUCGUCGGAACGGUGGCUAUCGAGUUGCGCUCAAACGCUUCGUCACUGAAUAUUCUUACAACACCAAUAUGAUCCGUCUGCAAGUUGAACCUCAGCAAUUGCCACAAAACUUGUCAAGUACCACGCGCCAAUCGAUCUACGGGGAGCAGGAAGAUAUUGCCAAAGCAGCGAGUCGCAAGAGAAAGGAUCAGUAA